CAAAAACUUGAAAAUCCGUUGUCUUGUCCUCUUUCGCGCUUCUGAUACCUGAUCGUUGAGUUCAAAGCAUGCCUCAGAACGAGUACAUUGAAGAGUCGAUCAAAAAGCAUGGCCGUCGUUUGGACCAUGAGGAGCGCAAGCGGAAGAAGGAGGCCCGUGAGGUUCACGCUCGGGCUGCCCACGCCAAGCGUCUCCACGGUCUAAAGGCCAAAUUAUACAACAAGAAGAGGCACGCCGAAAAGGUCCAGAUGAAGAAAACAAUCAAAAUGCACGAGGAACGGAACAACAAGCAUAAGUCUGCGGAUCAGCCGGUGCAAGAGGGUGCUGUUCCCACAUAUCUUUUGGACCGUGAGAAUCAAACGCGGGCCAAAGUUCUAUCAAAUAUGAUUAAGCAAAAGCGAAAGGAGAAGGCUGGGAAGUGGCAGGUCCCUCUGCCGAAAGUGAAGGGCAUGGACGAAGCGGAGGUAUUCAAAGUACUCAAAACCGGAAAGAGGAAAACAAAGCAGUGGAAGCGUGUGGUGACCAAGGCGACAUUCGUUGGAGAGGGAUUUACGCGGAAGCCACCAAAGUACGAACGAUUUAUUCGUCCUAUGGCUCUUCGGUAUAAGAAAGCACAUGUUACCCACCCGGAACUUGGUGCAACUUUCUGCUUGCCAAUUUUGGGAGUCAAAAAGAACCCAAGCAGUCCGAUGUACACUCAGUUAGGGGUGAUAACGAAGGGAACUGUGAUUGAAGUAAACGUAAGUGAGUUGGGGUUGGUGACGCAGUCCGGAAAAGUCGUAUGGGGUAAAUACGCACAGGUGACGAACAACCCGGAGAAUGACGGGUGUAUAAACGCCGUUCUUCUCGUGUAAGGUUCAGUUCAAGGCAUAUAUUUUGUAUAGAUAAUUAUUCAGCAUGAGUGGGGAGUUCCUUUCCUUGGGUCUGCUUUUGUAAUAUACUCAAAUUAAUUCACUAGCCUCUCGUCUUGGGUGCUUGCACCGUAGACCUCUUUGCA